AAAAUAUUUAAAAAUUAAAGAUAAAUUUUUUGAGAUGCUACAUUUAUGAUAGUAAUAAUAAAACAUCACUUCAUCUAACAUUCUGCAACUUGUUAUAAAAAGUAUACAUAUAUGAUAUUUUCCCCUAAAACGUAGAAAUUGUUAGCAAUGAAAAUAAAUCUUAGGUUAGAGUGAAAUAUUGCACAGUAUAUGUGGUGUAGAAAUUCUGCAUUUAUUUAUCGUCGUUCAUGUAGUACAUUAAAUUUUAAUACGUUAAAUUCUAGUAUUUGAUCUAUAAGUUUGCAAUACUAUCUUUAUAAGUUCAAACAUACAAUUUAUGAGGAAAUAUAUUAGGAAAUAUAAACAUCACAUUUCAAGAGAUAUAAAUGUUUAACAAAAUUUUUUUAAACAAACAGUUGAAAAUUUAUAAAAAAAAGUAAGAACUUAACCAGAAAAUUAUUGAUAACAUUGAUAACAUUGAAGUUAUGCAUCAUUUAUUUAAAAGUGAAAGUAAGAACAUUGUAUUUUGAAUGAGAGAAAACUUUUAUGAAAAAUAAGAGAGCUUCUAUUUUUAUUUUGAUAUAGUAUUUUAUAAUAGCCAAUUUUUAUAAAAAUAUAGGAUAAUAUUACUUUAAUAUGCUAUAUUUUUAUAAAAUACUUUAAAAAACAAUAGUUUAAAAUAUAAUAACAAUGUGAAUCUAAAUUACUAAUUUUAUGAACAUUUCUCUGAUGCAUAUAUAAAUAUAUUAUAUUAAUAAGGGAAGAUAAAAUUUUUAUAAAUCUGAUGUGAAAAAAUCUUAUGUGGAUUUAUAUAUAUAUAAUCAGCAAUGUCGAAACAUUGUGACAUAUGCUCAAUGCAUUUCCAAGAUGAUUAUGCCUUGCGAGGUCAUCUUGCAGGUAAAAAACAUUUGAAAGAACUAGAACGAUUCGAAGUUGUGGAAAGAUCAAUUGUUGUCUCGCCAUUACCAAAAUUUAUUCCUACUCAUAGACUUAUUAAUUUUUUUCAACAAUAUGGUACAAUUAAAAGGCAUCAGUUUGGCCCAAAUUAUCUCAUAGUUGAGUUUUGUGACAAAUCUGAAAAGAUCCAAAUCAGAAAAACGAAAUAGUCCCACAGAAAAUACAGAUUCUAUAAGUUAUGAUAACAUAAAACAUAUAUUUCAAGAAAAAACUACAUUUGAUAAUCAGUUAAUUAUAUUUUUAAAUGCAAUACAACUUAGCGAUGCUGAAAUAGAAACAAGAUAUGAAUCUGUUUGUACACAAUUGGACAAAAUAUUCAAAGUAGUAUUUCCAAAAUGUAAAACAUACAGAUUUGGUUCAACUCAAACAGGAUUAGGUUUUAAAGAAUGUGAUUUAGAUAUAUAUAUGGAUAUUGGCGAACCAAUAAAUGAAAAUAAAAGUACUUCAGAUUCAUGGACUAUGCAUAAGAUUUUUAAAGAAGUAAAAAGAAUCAUGUAUCGAAUGAACUGUGUUUUUUCUAACAUAAUAUCAAUUCCAAAAGCUAAAACUCCUAUUAUAAAAUUUUAUUAUGUUAGGACAAAUGUUUCUUGUGACAUUUCAUUCAAAAAUAGUUUGGGUAUAUAUAAAAGUCAUUUGAUAAAAUAUUGCAUAUCUCUUGAUAGUAGGCUAAGACCAUUAAUGAUGAUUAUUAAAUAUUGGGCACGACAUUUUAAAACAUCGAGUGGACAGAAAAUAUCCAAUUAUGCUUUGGUAUUAUUAAUUAUAUUUUAUUUACAACAACCAUCUGUUAAUAUUAUUCCACCUUUAAUGAUACUACAAAAUACAUGUCAACCACGAAUUAUAAAUGGAUGGCAAGCUAAUUUUGAUGAAAAUGGAGUAUUGCCACCGAUUACAAAUAAAAAUAGUAUUUCGGAACUUCUUCAUGGUUUUUUCUUUUUUUAUGCAACUUUUGAAUUUAAAUCGCAAAUAAUAUGUCCAAUAGAUGGAAUGGUACAUACAGAAUCAGAAUUUAAAGAUAUAGAAAAUUUACCAUCAUGUAUGGAUAGAUAUAAAGUAUGCGUAAAAGAAGAUGAAAAUCUUAAACUAAAUGUUAAUAAACCAAUGUGUGUACAAGAUCCUAUAGAAUUAAAUCAUAACGUUACAGCAGGCACGCAAUUUUCUACAUUGGAUUCUGUUGUAAGAUAUUGUGCAAUUGGUGCAGAAAUUUGCGCUAUGUCUAGCAAAAAUGACUAUAGAGAUUUAAUGAAAACUUUGCUUACUACAGCUCUGCCAAAAGGUAAAUUUAAUGUUACAGUUUCUGCAAAUCAAUUUCAUGGAUCAAACAGUAUGGAAACAUGUAUAGACAUUACAGAAAAAACGAAAUUUUUAAAACGUGAUUGGCAUUCUAUUGUCUUUAAUAUAGUAAAAGAUAUUUUUGAAAAAGUUUUUAAAGUACAAGUUGAAGUAUUGCCAGCUGAAACAGGAGCAAAACAGCAAAAGAUUGAAAUAUUAUCAGAUGUGCAUAUAGAGAAGCAGCAGAAUAUCAUACUUCAUUGUACUGGGUCUCAUUGUGUAUGGCGCAAUAGACGAAUUAAUAGUAUUGUUCUAGAUCCCAGUUUGACUUGUUUACAAAAGGAAGCUCUUAUGUCUCAGCAAAUAAUAGAAAAUUGCAAUAAAGAAAGAGGAAUAAAUAAAAUAAAUUUAGAUUUCAUAUGUAUAUUUAAAAAGAAAGAUCCUUUAAAAGUUAUAUUAACUGUAAGUAAUAAAAAUUGUGAUGAUCAUGUUUUUCAAGAAUUUGCAUGUUUUGCUAGAGAUAAGUUAAUUGAGAUCAUAAAACGAACAUUGAUACACAUGCAACAAUUCAGCAAAUCUUAAUAUUAAUCUCCAUAUGUAUAAAAAUUGAAUGCACAUAUUAAAUUCUGGACCAAGAACAUGUAGUUUUGGAAGACACUUCUAUUUGUAUCAUAAUAUUCCAUUUAUAUAAUUUCUAUGUAUUGAUAUAUAUUAUAGAUCGUUUUUUAAAUAUAGAUAUUUAAUUUAAUAGAAAAUCAAAACCAAAUUUAAAUAAACUCUGAAUUAUUUAUUUCAAAUAUUCUUUUUAUUAAUAAAUAGGGCUUUCAUACUGUACAGAAUUAUUUAUUAAUUAUUAAAUAUAUUUCAGUAGCUGAUAAUCAUCUAGUAACAGAAUUGGUAAUAUAACUUAGAUAAAAUGAUUCUAUUAAUCGAAAGAUUUGUAAUGUUUGUACUGUAUUAACAUAAGUAUUAUGUAUAUUAAUAUAAAUAUAAAAAUUUUAUGUUGCUUGAACAAUUUGCACUCCUUACAGUAUUUUCAAAAACUGAUUAUAUUUAAAAUUAAUAUAUCAUAUGCAAGUAAAAAGGACUUAAAAAAAAAUCUGAGUUUCAUUUUCUUAUUAUAAUUUCUGUAGCGCAAUUUAUAGUACUUAUAUGAAUAUAUAAGUUAAUCAAUUAUAUGUAUUAUUAAUUUUAAUAAACGUAUUCUUAAUAUUAUAUAUGGAUUUAGAUAAUUCUUAAAAUUUAAAUAUCUACUUUUAUCAAC